UCUGAAUACCCUUUAAACUUUUUGAAAUUUUAAGAAAAAGGAAUUUAAAGAACAAUGUCUUAAUCACGUCUGGAAGAGAGUUCAGCUUAAUUGAAAGUAUAUAAGAAAGCAUUAAAACAGUUAUCAGAUUGCAAUACAGGCACGGAAUGGGUUUUAAAACUGCAGUUAAACGUUGAAAAGGUGAGAAUAUCAAGCACAUCAAGCACUGCACAAGCACUGCACAAGCUAGAUAUCUUGACCAAGUGAUAAUAAACUGUUAAACUAAAAUAGUGAGGAUAUUAUCAAAAAUCUACAUUUGAUUAAAGAAUUAGAAAUGAAAAGGCUGAGUUUUCUUUUAACUUUGGUGACAGCAGUUCAAGGUUUACAAUUUGAAAAAACAGAAAGAAACUCGUUUAUCGUAGAUCUAGAUGGUGAAAGAUAUGGAUUAACUGUAUCUCAGACCGUAUUAAACAAAAUCCCGCCUGCUGACCUGGAAAAUAUUAAAAGAUUACAACGGAAGAAUAAGAAUCUAGGGAAAAGACAAGCCCGACAAAAUGCUCCCAAUAUCGCAAUCAGUAAAGAGAAUCCUGAUGCACAGAAAAUAGCAGAACAAAUUCAAGCUCUGUUCAGAAAUCAAAUUGAAUCUGACGAAAUAGUAAACCCUACACCUAAUCCUAUAAACCUCGCGCUGACGGGAUUAAACCAACCUUCUUCCCCGGAAAAUCCAGGAAGUACACAGUUUCAGCUGAAUGUGAAUCUUAACCUGGAAUUGGAACAUGGGAAAUCCCACAAGGUGAGAGUUCCACAAGGAGAGCUUACACUCAUGUAUUUACCUCAGAUCAGGGGUCCUACGGGUGGAUCUUCAGUGGAAUUAAGCAAUCAACAUCUUAGAGAUUUAAUCCAGGAGAAUAAGAAUCCGAGCAGUUUAGUCAUGCUUCCUAGUGGAGGGAUGCUUCUUAUGUCUCUUAGUCCAUACAGUGAUACAAGUACAAGUACAGAGAACAUCAAACUUAUGAAUGAUGAUUCAAUUCAGUCAGGUGAUGAAUUGAAUACAAGAAGUGAGAAUCUGACCCCCAGUUUGCGCAAUGUUGAAGAAAAUGCUACGAAUACGUUUGAUCAAGAAGACGACGAAGGUUAUACUACUGAAGAAUUAAAGUUUAAAGUAGAAGAGGAGGAUUUUACUUAUCCCCCAAGUUGGAAGAAAGGAACUAUACCAGUGUUUCCAUUAGUUCCCAGAGUUUCCUUAGAAGAAAAUAAUGUAUCGCAACCAGAAAAGGGAAUUUUGUACCAAACCUGGGAAAAUGGAGAAAUGCCGGUUUUUCCACAUUCAUAUAAGGAUCUGGAUCAGGAUGACCAUGCUGCGACUCCAUUUAUCGAAAAAGUAGAAUUAUCCAAGAAGACUCCAUUGAUUGAAAAAGAAGAAUUGUUCAAGAAGACUCCAUUGAUUGAAAAAGAAGAAUUGUCCAAGAAGACUCCAUUGAUUGAAAAAGAAGAGUUGUCUAAGAAGACUCCAUUGAUUGAAAAAGAAGAAUUGUCUAAGAAGACUCCGUCUCUUCUCUCAUUUCUUACUCCUACUAGAAUAGAAGAUCCUGGGUUAUUUGGUUCUCAAACAGCAAACCCAAAUAUUUUCACAGAAUAUGAAGAUACCGAAAUCUAUGGUAUGGAAGAAAAUGAGGAAGAAUAUGAAACAAUUAAAUCAAGAUAUAGAACUGAUGACACCGACAGUGAUCUCAACAAACCACAUGAGAAUAUAAACGUUGUGAUCCCUGGACAGUUUAACCUACCAGUCCGCCCUAACGGCGUGGAACAGUGCAAGAAGGAUUCAUCUACUGGGGGUAAACGAGUCUGUACAACACAACUUGCGAACAAUUGCAAUGGAGGAUUCAAAGUCGGAGGGAAUUGUAAUGGACAGGACAGUUUGGACACGAGCAGACUCCCGCCAUCCGAGUUCAAGAUGGGAGGGGGAGCACAGGGUGCAGUAGAGCAAAGUUUGUAUCCUUUCUCCUUUCAGCAAACUAAUAUGAAUAUGCAACCAACGUAA